CCCGCUUCGGACGUUAUCACGGCAUUCAAUGGCCAUUAUCAGUGGUUGUCAGCUUAUACUUAUGGGCCAAUAGGUGCCUACUCCACCUACUGACAGCGGUGAGUAGGUGCAGCAGGUCGUCGUCAUCUAUUCCUAAAGUAGAUCACGGCUUGGAGGACCAAACCAACUGAAUCCAGAUCCACUAGAGGCGCUGUUGAACCCUUUUUCUUCACACGGGAGAAUCGACGCGCUGACCAAGGCUUUACUGUCAUAUUGGAGAUACUGGAGAUAUGGUGAAACACAGGACAAGUGUGCGAUCUACGAAACAUAGAGUAUGUGUUCGUCGGAGGACCAUUGGUGGUGCUACCAAAGUUUCUGUUUUGAGAAACGUUUCACAUCCACCUGUAACUGUGGAUGUUACACCUGUCACCACCACAUCAUCUCUGGAUGAACAUUCAGAGGCAGAACCAAGCAGCAGUUGCAUGUCCGAGACUGCUUACACAAAAGCAAAGAAGAAGGAGCUCAGGGCCUGGGACUCAUUGAAAGAGGAUAUGCUGCGGGUAUCUUAUGAGUCAUCAGCACCAUCUACAAAUAUCUGUGCUCUCUGCAAAGAGCAUGCAGAGUAUAGGUGCCUUGAGUGCAGCAGUACUAAUAUGUUUUGUGAGACCUGUAUCACAAAAACCCACCGCAAUUCCUUGCACCUACCAGAGAAAUGGAAUAAAACAUUGUAUGUGACAUCUCCGCUUGAAUUAGCACUACGCUUACCAGGAGAACAUUGUUCUCAUGCUGUGUACGCAAGAGAUAUGAAAAUAUUUGUGAACACAGGCCAGUUGUGCAGCUUCAGCGUGACUCUUUGUACAUGUGAACCAGAAACUUGCACCCUGCUCAGAUAUGGAAUCUGGCCUGCGACACCAGAGAGGCCUCAAACAGCGUUCUCUAUAGCUCUUUUGGAGCUUUUUCAUUAUCUGUCCAUGGAAUGCCAGGUGUCUGUUGAGGGAUUCUGCAAUAUGUUGCGGUGGAAAAACAAUCUGUCUCUUUCAGAGGUUAACAUGCUCUACAGAGCUCUGGUGGGAGAAUCUAUAUCCCAGUUUCGCCACCACCACUUUAGAUGCAGAAGUUUAUCUGGUCUUUGUCCCUCAUUUGAUGAUGGAACAACAUGCCCAGUAUGUCCUAAGAGUAACGGCAAUCUGAUUGUAACAAUGGAUGCCAACUUUGGCCUUGUUCGAAAAAGAAGUUCAGGAAGUAGUUUGGUGGAGCCGUUGCAUGGUAACAGAAUGUUUGUGAGGGAAGAAGAUGUGCAAGAAUACCUGUCAUCCCAUCCUGAUGGUUCCAAGCCAAAUGAAGACUGUAGUAAUUUCAAGGCAGGGAACCUGCUUCGUUCUCAAAAAAACCAACAAAAACUAGAUGUAACAGGGGUGUUUGGAGUCUCUUGCCGCCAUGAGAUUCCGUUGGUGUUUUUGAACAUGACCCAGGGAGAACGGCUAGCAUAUCCAAUGUAUAUAAUCAAAGAACUCCUAACAAGGAAUCAGGGCAAGAACCUCAAUCUGCAUGUCAUAUAUGACAUUGCAUGUGUACUUUCAUCACACAUGCAUAAAAAAGCAGAAGCAAUGCAACAAGGCGUAUCUCUGGCUGUUCCAGCAUUUCAUGUUUUUGGUCAUAAAUUACAGUGUCAGGUUCUGUACAGUACGAGAAGAUUAAAAGGCUUUGGGCUAACAGAUGGAGAAGGUAUGGAGAGGUUGUGGUCCUUCCUUAGAAGAUUUGCUCGUAUUACAAAAGAGAUGAGUCCAUCCCACCGGCUUGACCUCUUGACUGAAGCACUUCUUUAUUAUGGGAGGAGAAAAACAGCGGAUAUAGAAGUGCAGCUCCAUCACAGAUGGGAAAAAGCAGAGAAGGUCGCUAAUCUAGCUAAAGAGGAGUUAGCUGCUGUCUUAAAAGAGGCACCAGCGAGUGUUUCAGAGCACACUGUACAGAGAUGGAUGGAAACGGAGAACGAAGUUGCUAGAUUGACAGUUUUGAAAACCAAAAUAGCAGACAGUGUUCCCAAAUGGAAGAGGGUGUAUGUGACAACGCUGAUUGAGCUCCAGCAGCUCAAAUCAUGUGAUCAUGAUUCAGCUGUUGCAGAUGAGAAAAAAUGGACAGGGAAUUGCUGUCAGAUUGUCUAAACAAAUUAAGGCCUGUAACAAGAGACUGAGGAAAACCAUAACAGAUUACAAUAGUCUGCAAUGGCCACCACAGACAACCAUCUUCCCACCACAGAUGGAUUUUCAAGAAGCAUGUGAUCCCUCCUGGCCUGUCUACUGUAGCAUUGAUGAAAAUACAGAGGAAGGAGACUUUUCACGAUCCCUCAAAAGACGUGCCAUUGAUGCAUUGCACCUGAAGACCAGGGCUGCUGAGGAGAAGAUCAUGCUUCAGGAUGAAAUGAAGACUUUAAUACAUCAUGUUCAGCAACAACAUGCUUCUUUACACUCAGCUAUUACUAAUACUAAGCAACCUGGCUCCAGAGCUGUUCUUGUUGGCACCAUUAUAAACUUGGAACAGAAACUACAUAAUGCUACCUUGAUGUUCCAGCAACACAUUCCAAGUAUUGCUCCUCUUUCACACGCUUACCUGCCACAGUUGAAUGUAGUCUGCCAGAACGUGAUAUCACCGGAUGUGUACAUGGCUUUAUUCAACGACGAUGAUGAUGAUGAUGAUGAUGAAGAUGGUAAUGAUGAUGAUGAGGAGGAUUGUGAUGAUAGCAUUUAAAGCUAAAAUAAAAUGCAGAUUCAUCCAACACAGAAUCUAAAAUGACAGACUUGUAAAUAUGCAAGCAGGAUUGUGCAAAUGUACUUAUUUAGGUAUUCCUAAAGCCUGUGUUUUGUGAAAGUGUAUGAAAUAAAAGAGUUUAAAAGAAGAGAAUAAAUGUUUUGU